AUGCUAGAGUCCAUGGGUCCAUCCCAUGGCGGAGAGAUGUGGACCUUGCAGCAGUGGCUGUGGAUGACAAAAAGCCGAAAGGCGAGUGAUGCCAAAGAUGUGGUAUUCGCAGGUCUAUCCCUCAUACGACCCGAACAUCUGGUCAUUGAUGAUUCACUCCAGGCUCAAGACAAUGUGCCACAUGCCCACCAUCCCAAGGAACAAGUGUAUACUCCAUUACCAAAAAGGCGUAACAAGCUAUGGGGUGUGCUACACGCCGACUAUAACGCCGAGACCUCGACUGUACUCUUGAAUCUCGCGGCUUGUAUCCUUUCCCAUUAUGAUCUCCAUAUCUUAUUCGACAUUACGUUACGGUUUCGACGUCGCCCUCCAUACUCAGCGCUUACCGAGCUGCCUGUCACUUCAUUCCCAUCGUGGGUACCGGAUCCGACGGCAUGGACCUCAAGGGCUAUGGAACCUGUGAUAUCGCUCAACAACCCUGGUUGCCCAUACCCGCUUUCUGUGCACAUGUCGAACUCUAAGCCACAGAUAUCGCUUGAUGGCACCAAAUUGGCCGUAACAGCUGCUCUUUUGGACACCAUAUCUUCUUCCUCUCCAAUUCUUGACGUCGUGCUCAACAUCAAAGAUUGUGCGGGCGCUAUCAGAUUACUGAACUGGAUAGCUGAGAAGGUUCCCCGUGUGUGUCAUCGAACCGGAUGUUCAGGAAUAGAGGUCCUGGCACGCCUGAUCUCAUCAGCUUACAGAAACCAGAAAGACCCUGAGAGACAAUGUAAAGAUAAGACUAUGGAGGAGAGAGAAUUCUGCGUGUUACUUCAUGACUUCUGUGAAGUUUCGUUAGGAGAUGGACUUAAAGCUUGGAACGAGGCACUCGACCUUCUGCCAACAUGGUUGAAAUCAUAUCCUUGGCCUUCAGGCUGGGCUAUCGAUUACGAGGGUGUGUCCAGAGCCUACGCCAAAGUCAGAGCAGCUCAUCCAGACGCUCCUUGGCCACCGAGCAAUCUUGCGGGUUCAGAAAGGAACGAAGCCAUCGAUAAGGCAAGAGAGAUCCAUCCUGACACCCUGACAGGGGUCUCCGAGACCAACAUAACCAAACACGAAAGUAUCUGCCUCGAUGCACAAAGCGAGUCAGUACGAGACACUGGCGAUGCUGCGAGUACUCGUGAAUCUCCCCAGGAGUCAUACUCGGAGUGGGAAGUGCUAAACUCCAACUCCGGAAUAGGAUUACAGAGCCUAUUCGUUACCAAAGAGGGUUAUCUUGGCAUCGGUCCAAAUUGGCUGAGGAGCGGCGAUGGGGUCUUCUUAGUAGCAGACGCUAAAGCCCCAUACAUACUCGCCCAGGUGGACGAUGUCUUGCGAAGGCAAGCGCGCGAGAUACGUGAACAGCUUGACACGGGCAUGAGCAGAUCCGUGAAGCUGACAAGGAAACAACGCAAGAGUUUGCGGAAACAGCUGCUUGAAAUUGAGGGCAGGCUCGGAGGAGAGAACGCAUGGCAGCUAAUUGGAGAAGCGUAUGUGGAAGGUGUAAUGAAUGGCGAGGCUGCUGGACUUGCGGAAGCUAGGGCACAAAGGUACAAUAUUGCGUAG